UUGGUGGCGGCGGCGGGAGGAGGGAGAGACGCGCGCGCCCGCAGAAUCAAAACAAAACAAAGGCUCGCAUCCGCGUUUCUCCUUGCGAAAAAAGAAACGACGAGUCGACGACGACGGCGAAGCGCGUGCGGUGAGUCACGCGCGCGAGCUCUCGUGUAUGCUGGCGUAGUAAAUAAUCGGCGCUCCGAGAGGAAAUAAUUGCCCAAGGAGGCACGCGUCCGGCCCUCGUGGACUCGACGUUAACGUUGAUUGUGACGUUGAUGUUGGCGAGGACGACUGGGAAGUUCGUGGAACGCUCGUGGAGAAAGACAAGCCGUCGAGCGAUAAAAGGCCGUCGUCGCCUAGCAGUAACCUACUCUCCGUCGCACUACGCGAUAAUCGACGCAGACAGAUGCCCAGUGCCGAGGAGACGACGUACCUGUUCGAGGUGAUGCCGGACGCGGGCAUUAGCCAGGACAGCUUUGCGGCGCGCGACGUCGACGUCCUCGUCUCGCGCAUAAAGCAGAACCUCCGACUGUCGAGCCUCAAGUCCCGCUCGAGUCUGGCGGCCCAUACGAUGCGGGCCUCGCCGUACAGAUUGCAACAGAGGGACGCCCAACAUCAUCACCAGGAGUCGCGCGGGACGGAUAAGAGGACCUCAGUGACGACGAUGACGACGACGACGACGACGACGACGACGACGACAACAACGACGGCGGCCUUCAACAGGCGUUGCGUCAAGGCCGCGCUCAUGCGCAGGCAACUCGACGACUCCUACGAGUGCUUCCAGGCGCUAUUGAGGAAGGGUGCCCUCAUCAAGGAGGCGGUCAAGAGGUUACGAACGAAUCCCGAGGAAGAUUAUGCGAACAAUGAUGGGAUGCCUGUCCGAGGGAAACGGCAGGAUGAGAACGAUGACGAGGAGGAGGACCAUGACGUCGACGACGACGACGAGGACGAC